GAAAAAAAAUGGCGUAGGCGGUGUAGGAUUUGUAGAAACUGGAGAGAUAGACGUCCUGCAAAUCUGCAAUCUACAUUGCCGUUGUAUAUUAUAUGUGUGGAGGGAAAUGUACAUUUAAUAUAUUUAUGAAAUAUAUGCCUUGAUAACGUGUAAUUGCGCAUAAAAAAGUGACGUUUUUCUUUAAGAGGAGGCACGAGAAAAGAGGCUAAAUUUUGCAGCACAUACCUAAGUCUGAUAAUUAAUUCUAAAAUUAAUUGCUAAUUGUGAUUACAUCAUUUUUUUCAAGGACUCACGAGUAUCUCAUUCUACAAAAUGGCACAAGAGGUUGAGGAAACUAUGAAACGAAUUCAGUCUCACAAGGGAGUAGUUGGAACAAUAGUGGUAAACGCGGAAGGUAUUCCAAUAAAAUCAACAUUAGACAACACAACUACAGUUCAGUAUGCAGGUUUGAUAAGUCAAUUAUCAGACAAAGCUCGUUCUGUUGUACGCGACCUGGAUCCAACCAAUGAUUUAACUUUCCUACGUAUCCGUAGCAAAAAGCAUGAAAUUAUGGUCGCACCAGACAAGGAAUUUAUAUUGAUAGUGGUACAAAAUCCUGUUGAUUGAUAUCUAAAGGAUGCACAAACAUAUUGCAAAAUUCAAGUUU